GAAUCUAAUCCGUUCUUCCUCGAAAUCAAUGUCGCCGAAUCCAAGCUGGGUUUUAGGGUUUCGAGGUGGGAAUCCCAUCCAAUGUCAGUGAUGCGAAAGAAGGGCUUCCUUGCAGGAUCGAACUCGAUCCUUUUCGGUGACCAGGUUGCCGUAGCCUCUGGCUUCUUCGCAUCUACUAAUUCUUCUGUCCUCCUCUUCAUGAUGAAAUUAUCCUUAGCUCAUCGCUCCCACUCCCAACCGUGCAGCCAACUUGGUCCAAAAAGCCCAAGGCCCAACUCGAACUAUGAGGCUACCGGGCUCGAGUCUGGAAAGUAGGAUUUGACUAAUGUUGCUGCUGCUGAGCCUGAUCCAAACUCUGGCGCAGCCCACCUGAUAAACAGGCGUAGGUACAUGUAUCAAACCUGACCGUUCUAUUUCCAUUCCACUCUCGUUCUUUUUGGGCUCUCUUGUGGGUGCCCAAGAGGGGAGAGGAAGCGGUCUAAAAAAACCCGUUAACGGGUAUCGCUAAAACCGGAGGAAUAAACGAGACGACAACUGAGAGGCUACAGAAUAUAUUAAUUUUUUAACGAAAAAAGAACAAAGGAGAGGGAGGCAUGAACAGGGCCUAAAAGAGGCUCUUUUCUCCAUCUUUAUCGACCUAAACAAGAAGAGCAAGAUUCCCUUUCUUCCUCCUCUUCUUCGCCCACUCUCUGGAGCUCUCCGCGUUCACUCUAGUUUAAUCAGAAUACGAGUGUUGCUCCCAAGAAGAAAACUAUGGCAGAAAAUGGGGAUAAAGGAAUUGAUACAGGCUUGGUUACUGCAAUCACAAAUGGCGAGGAUUUGGGUCCCGUUGUUAGGCAUGCUUUUGAGUCUGGGAAGCCUGAGGCACUCUUGCACCAACUCAGGACCAUUGUGAAGAAGAAGGAAGUUGAGAUCGAGGAGUUGUGCAGGCUUCACUAUGAGGAAUUCAUUCUUGCUGUCGAUGAGCUGCGUGGUGUUUUGGUUGACGCUGAUGAGUUGAAAAGCAUGCUAUCCAGUGAGAAUUUUCAGCUUCAAGAAGUGGCAAGUUCACUUUUGCUGAAGCUUGAUGAGCUCCUUGAACUCUACUCAAUCAAGAAAAAUGUCACAGAGGCCUUGCAGACAUUGAAGGUCUGUGUGCAGGUCUCAGAUCUAUGCAUGACAUGCAACCGACACAUAACAGAAGGCCGGUUUUACCCUGCACUGAAGACUUUGGGCUUGAUCGAGAAGGGGACCUUGCAAAAUAUUCCAGUCAAGGCUUUUCGGAAGGUUAUCGAGAAGCAAAUACCUGCAAUAAAGCUACAUAUUGAGAAGAAAGUUUGUAGUGAAUUCAAUGAUUGGCUCGUGCAUAUUAGGAGCAUGGCAAAGGAGAUUGGGCAGUUGGCUAUAGGACAGGCUGCCUCAGCCCGUCAAAAAGAGGAGGAGAUGCGUGCUCGCCAAAGAGAAGCAGAACAGCAGAGCCGUUCAGGAGUUGGUGAUUGUGUGUACACCUUAGAUGUCGAGCAUAUUGAUGAAGAUUCAGUGCUAGAAUUCGAUCUUACCCCCGUGUAUCGAGCACAUCACAUCCACACUUGCCUUGGUAUUGAGGAGAAGUUCCGUGAUUACUACUACAAGAACCGGCUGAUGCAGCUGAAUUUGGAUUUGCAGAUUUCAUCAGCACAGCCCUUUCUUGAAUCCCAUCAACCUUUCUUUGCACAGAUUGCUGGAUUUUUCAUUGUAGAGGAUCGGGUUCUACGGACAGCUGGGGGAUUGUUGUCAGAGAGCCAGGUCGAGACAAUAUGGGAUACAGCUAUUGCCAACAUGACAUCUGUUCUAGAGGAUCAAUUCUCUCACAUGGAUGCUGCAAGUCACCUCCUACUUAUCAAAGAGUUUGUCACUCUGCUGGGUGCAACACUUACACGGUAUGGAUAUAGAGUAACACCUUUGAUAGAGGUUCUGGAUAACAGCAGAGACAAAUACCAUGAGCUUCUUCUCAAUGAAUGCCGGAAGCAAAUUGCUGACAUCCUUGCUCAUGACACUUUUGAACAGAUGGUGAUGAAGAAGGAGUAUGAAUACAAAAUGAAUGUCUUGUCAUUCCAUAUUCAGUCUUCAGAGAGCAUGCCAGCUUUUCCAUAUGUAGCAAGCUUCUCUUCAUCUGUUCCUGAUGCUUGUCGUAUUGUGCGCUCCUUCAUUGAGGACUCAGUCAGCUUCUUAUCAUAUGGAGGUCACAUGAAGUUCUUCGAUGUUGUAAAAAAGUAUCUGGACAAGCUCUUGAUUGAUGUGUUGAAUAGUGCUUUGCUGAACAUUAUCCAUGGUGGUACCUUAGUUGCAUCUCAAGCAAUGCAAAUUGUGGCCAAUGUAGAUGUUCUUGUGCAUGCUUGUGAUUUUUUUCUCUUGCAUGCUGCCCAACUCUGUGGUGUCCCAGUACGUGUGGUUGAAAGGCCUCAUGCUGGUUUGACUGCUAAGACUGUUCUAAAGGCCUCACAGAAUGUUGCCUAUAAUGCACUGCUGAACUUGGUGAACUCCAAGUUGGAUGAGUUUAUGGCACUCAUGAACAAUGUCAAUUGGACAACUGAUGAUGCACCACAACAUGCAAAUGAUUAUAUUAAUGAGGUCCUUAUCUACCUUGACAGCAUAGUGUCUACUGCUCAGCAGAUUUUGUCUUUAGAGUCUGUGUACAAGAUUGAAGUGGGCGCACUAAGUCACAUCUCUGACUCUAUUGUGACAGCUUUUCUUAGUGAGAAUGUGAAAAGGUUCACUGUUAGUGCUGUGAUGGGCAUAGACAAUGAUCUGAAGUUGUUAGAAUCAUUCGCAGAUGAGAGGUUUGAAAGCACAAGCUUGAGCGAGUUGAAGAAAGAAACCAGUUUUAGAGAUUGUUUGGUAGAAGCCAGGCAAUUGGUCAACCUUCUACUAAGCAAUCAGCCAGAGAACUUCAUGAAUCCUGUAAUAAGGCAGAAAAACUAUGGUGCUUUGGACUACAAAAAGGUGGCCACUAUUUGUGAAAAAUUCAAGGAUUCACCAGAUAGACUAUUCGGGAGCCUCUCAAACCGCAAUGCAAAGCAAAAUGCUAGGAAGAAGUCAAUGGACAUGUUAAAAAGAAGGCUGAAAGAUUUCAGCUGAAAUUGAUUAUGCUACUUAUUCGCUGCAGCACCUUGACUAGUUUGCUUACUGGAUUCCAUGUAGCUCCAUGGCUGCUUCUUAUUUAUGCUAAGAUUUAUCUGAAGUGCAAAUCAUUCUUACUUCAUGGCCUGGAAAGGAUAGAUGUCAACUAGUGGCGAUGGAGCGUAUAAUUUUUAAAUUGCUGAGUCUCUAUGUUAAUAUGGUCAUUUGGCAUAUCCUUGGGCAUUCAUGUCUAUUUAAAGAACCAUGAUUUAUGAUCAAAUGGAUGUCCUUUUUGUUUUAGCUGCAUAUUUACUGACCAGUUGAAAUUGUUUUACUGAAAUUAUAAAUGUUCAAGUGGGUAGAUGGAAAAUAGUGAAUAAUUCUUUUCUUGGUUAUUGUCAUCCAUUAGUGCAAAAAAAUUGUGAAUUACUCUGUUGGUUUGGAUAGUUACAUGAUGCAAUUCUGGGAAGGGCAACCCAUGCAUUUCUUAUCACAAUUUAUUUAUGCUAGUUGUGGGUUUGAAUCCUUGGUGUAUGGUUAAUUCAGGAAGUGUGGGAGAAAAAACCAUGAAGAAAUUUCUUCUUUAUAGCUUUUCUUCCUUUCUUCAAGUCAACUUUCUCACUAUCCAGUGAAUUCUUUAACUGAUAAAGUCUUACAAUUUCGAUGCAAUUAACACUUUUGAAUUUUGGCUACGAACUGGAAAUGUGAACAUCAGUUUGGCAAGCCUCUAAGUAGAGGUUUGCUGCUGAUUAGUGAGAUGGUAGAACCAAACAAAAGACGCCGUAGUCUGCUACCAGUAAGAAUGAAACUUGAUUCUCUGAGGGUUGCCUUGUAAGUAAUUAGUUGGUCCAUGAUAUUAGAUUAGAUAAUACUUCAUCUGUCUAUAUAGUAAUAAAACUGACUGCUCCAAAUCUAAGGUAUUUAGUAGAUAAUUAUUUUGCUCUUGAAGUUUCUAAAAAACACAAUUCUUGUUAAGUUAUUUGUGUUCUUUAGGAACAUCAUGGUAGGACCGUAGGUAAUUUAGUUCUGAUGUCCAUGCCCAUCAACUUCAAUAAAUAACAAAAUUCAGCAGUUUGAUGCUAGUGCUUCCUGAUAACCUAUGCUAUUCUGCAUGCUUUAUCACAUGACCAUUAAGUGUAGAUGAAAAGCUUUAUAUUAAACCUUUGGAAAGCAAAUCCUUUGGUUCUUCUCCAUAUCAAUUGUCUUUUUAACUAAAAUUGAUUUCAACUAUUCAUACUUUAAAAAAUUUCAUGGAGAUCAUGAUUAAGUGUUGGAUGCCCGGUCGUUGAUGCACUUGAUUAUUAAUUUUUGGAGCUAUGGAAAUCAUAUGACUCACCAUCUGAAGUCCAUAUCAUGUAUCACAUCUCUCUCUCUCUAACUUACAAGCCUGGCUAGAUUCAGACCAUGUUGUCAGGACUUCAGCCGCAAAUAGCCACCAGUCCACUUGCUGCCCCCUGAGGGCGCUUCAACCCUCCUCGACGCCACGUCGUUUUAUUUUGUCGCAACAACGCUAAAAGGAAACAAUAAAAAAACCCUCACACUUCCUUUUUAUACUCCCUCUCUUUUAUGUCCUCGUCGAUUCCGACCUCCCCCUGCUCCUCCUCCUCCACUCCCUGAGACCAAUUCGCGCUCCCAAUCCUACCCAAAACCCCUUCCUUCCCCUGCUCUGCGCUCUUCUCAACGUUCCACCCCCCGCUUCCCACCAUAAAAAAUCCCACCUUUCCUCCUCUCCUCUCCUCCGGCCUGCUCGCACUCUCCUCCUCUCCACUGCCUCGUGGUUAAUGUGCGCCCUUGACGCCCCCAGACUGCAUCCUCCGGCGAGAUGAUGCGAGACAGUCGUCCAAUGGGUGCAAAAGAUGGCAAGUGCUGCUUCUGAGACAGGAUCCUCUUCAACAGGUGUUCUCAAAGUCAGGCGGGACCUCCUGGAGGCCUGCAUGACGUGCCAAAUCUGCUACAAGCUUGUCAUGGAUGCCACCGCUAUCUCUGAAUGCCUCCAUAUUUUUUGUAGAAAGUGUAUAUUUGAGAAGCUUACUAAUGAGGAGGUAGCUCGUUGCCCCGUAUGUAAUAUUGAUCUUGGUUGCAAUCCGUUCGCAAAGCUCAGGUGGAGAUCAUGUGCCAAGGACAAACAAUGAGCCCAGUGAUGACCCUGCAAAAUGUAGUCGAUUUGUGGUUCCAAACUCUAUCAUCAAAUAUAAUCCAGGCACCGGUUGGAUCUUCAGGCAAGGACCUUGUCAUUGUAUUAGCUUAUCGCUGCAAGGUUCCAGCCUCUUGACUGUGUUAUUCUUUCAAAUCUCCAAGAACUUCAGUGUCUUUAAGUGCCCCUUACAAUUGGGCCCUUGAGCUUCCUAGUUGGUCCGCUUACGCCAUUGCUGAGCUGCUGUAUGUGCAAACCUUGGUCAAUUACAGUCUGUAUUUGUGCCAUUUUGUAACUGUUAAUUUAUGUUUACAAAUUAUCAUGUCCAAUCAUUAGACCAUAUCUUCAUUUGUCAUUGUAUAUGCUCACCAAUA